AUGUCGACGUACGAGCCGGAAAUCAGGGCUGCAACUUUAGCAGGCAGCUUGCUAUCAUGCCUGGCGACGUCUGCUGUGCUGGUGUCCUUUGUGGCCUACAGAAAGGAGCAGCGCACAUUUCGUCAUGUUUUAAUCUUGAAUCUCACCUUGUCUGAGUUUAUCAACUCCCUCAACAACUCCAUAUCGGGAACAAUCAGUAUUCGAGACAAAGAGAUUGAGCCCGGGGUUGCGUGUACCGUGAAUGGUUUCGUGGGCCAACUGUCUGUGCAGGCCGCCGACUUCAGCAUAUUGGCCAUAGCCAUCGUCACCCUUCUCACCGUCACCCGCCGCGCCUUCCUCCCCGCCGCCUCAACCGGCAAAAAGAUCUUUCUCGCCACGUUGGUCUGGAUCGUGCCGCUCUUCACCAGCACUUUUGCCACGGCGCAGGGAGCCAUGGCACCCGUUGCCGGCAACUGGUGCUGGAUCACAGCCUCGAGGCCCGACCUGCGAUACGCCCUCACCCACGGCUGGAGGUUCCUGGUAAUAUUCAGCACCAUAAUCAUCUACGCGUACAUUUGGUGGUACAUGAGCCGUCACUUCCACAGCAUGGUUCAGAUCCAACGCACGGGCUUGACCGAGGAUUCAACCGGGACUGAUUCCAGCGUCGGCACCACGUCGUCCGGGGGCACCGUCUUGUCCGUCGCCAACACGACCGCGACGGGUGGCUCGUCAAAAAAGUCCAUGGCUGAGGAAUCGCCGCCGGCGCAGGGCAAGAAGAAGGGCGUGAGCUGGACCCACAGCAUCCGAAGCGUGCGCAAACACAAGGGGGAGGACGAGGAGGAGGUUCAGGCGCUGCCGGACGGCGCAGCACCUCCGGACAUCAAGGAGACGGAGCUCUUGGACGCCGGCCCGCAGGCGCCCGCCAUCCGACUCGAAAAGCCGCCGCCGUCACGCAAGGGGUCUCGAACCAGCGGGCAUGGGUUCGGGUUGUCAUAUCUCCAUGAGGAGGACAAGGGCCUGCUCUCACCGCCGGCGGUCAGAACAGCAAACACCCAAGAAGUGCCGGCGCCCGUGGGUCCGACGCAGCCUUCCACCACGCGGAAAUCAGGGAUGGUCUCGUGGAAGCUCCCCGACAUCCCCCCGAGUCCCAAGGGCUCGUGGCGCCACAACUUCAAGGACUUUGGCGUGCAGGGCAGCCCCUCGCGGAGCCCCACGGCAAGCCCCGUCCCGAUGCGACCGCUCUCCCAACUGCCCCUAACCCCGCAGCGGGAGGCAUCGGCGGCGCGCGGUGGCAAGAUGGAAAACAAGCAGCAGAGCCCCCGCUGGGAACCGCCGUGGCGCGACAGCAACAACGCAAGCCCUCGGCCGGGGCGGUCCUUUUCCCUGUGGCCACUGCCGAGCCCGCGGAGCCCGUGGCGCGAGGGCAGCAGGAUGACGAGUCCGUUCCGGCAGGCGCAGGGACGACAGCCCGUCACGCUCAUGACCAACGCGAGCGAGUUCCCGAUGCGCCGGCAGACGCGCCAGGUCGAGAAGGAGAUCAAGCGGAUGAUGCUGCUCAACGCCUAUCCCAUCUUUUACGUGCUGCUCUCGAUCCCGGGCCUCGUCAACCGCCUGAUCGAGGCCACCGGCAUCCACGUGCCCGCCCACACCUCGCAGGCCCUGCAGGCCCCCGUGCAGUUCAUCGGCCUGGCCAACGCGCUGACGUACGGAUUCAACAAGCACGUCAGGCACCGCAUCAGGGGUGACUGGCGCGCACUGCGUGGGCGCGCACCGUGA